UGAUCUGGCAUGUGUGAGUAGGGUACCGUCGAUGCUUUCUGGCACCUCUACGUAUUAUUCAAAUCAAAAUGUCUACUACUGUGGCUUCAGCGACAGUUCGGGCUGUCAAAGGCAGAAAAAUAUUUUCUACAAAAGCUGCACUUACUUUAACACCAACCGCAGUGAAUAAGAUUAAGGAUUUACUACAAGGCAAAACUGAAUAUAUUGGUCUACGAGUUGGCGUGAAACAACGGGGGUGCAAUGGAUUAAGUUAUACUCUUGAUUAUGCCAAAGAGAAGUCUAAACUUGAUGAAGAAGUUAUUCAAGAUGGUGUUCGCAUAAUGAUUGAUAAAAAAGCACAGUUAUCCCUAUUAGGCACUGAAAUGGACUUUGUAGAAUCCAAAUUGAGUUCAGAGUUUAUUUUUAAUAAUCCAAACAUCAAAGGAACUUGCGGUUGCGGAGAAAGUUUCUCCGUAUAAUUCAUGUGUACAUGUGUACACAUUGUAGUAAAUACAGAUAACUCACUUAUGACAAAUAUGAAUUGAAUAUAAUUUAACGAAAGAACGAUGUUUCUUUUAUUAUAGUAUUCUACUGAAAAUGUGAUAAUGCUAGUACAUCUCAUUUGGAAGUAAUAACAAUUAAAUAAAAUA